CUGGUUGUUAGAAGGGUCAGAGGGAGGGAUGCUCGGUGAAAACCUGACGUGCUAGCUCCUUCAGUGGAGAAGCUGCCAAGUAAUUACACCACAGGCGUAUCGAGAGAGAGAGAGAGAGGGUGGAUACUGAAACUAAUCAGGAGGCCGUCCCCCAUCUGAACCAUCUAUCGGUUUUAUGAGUGAAGGCGAUCAAUCAUUCGGCGGUUAACCUUCGGAGGAAACGCGGAAGUAUAUUUCAACGUCAACCAGUUUUGUGACUUAUUAUCAGUGACAACAUGGCUGAAUGUAACGUUAGCAUCGACCAGAAAAAACUACCUGGAGUGAAAGAGGUGUGCCGGGACUUUGCUGUGCUGGAGGACCACUGCCUGGCCUACAACCUUCAGGAACAAGAAAUUGAGAGCCACUUGGCAUCCAAUGUCCAUAAGAGCCGUCUGGUGCAGCAGGACCUGCAGGUGGCCAAGAAGCUGCAGGAGGAGGAGGAUGAGAGGGCGAAGGCCCGGAGCCAGAAGCAGCAUGGGGACAUUGAGCGCCAAGAUAAUGAGAUUGCCCAUGAGAUUCAGGAAGAACUGGUCCGACAGGCAGAACAACAGCGACAGCAAGAAGAGAAGGACGCGGCCAUCGCUCGUAAGCUACAGGAGAAGGAGAUGAAAGAGGAGAGGAGGAGACAGAAGCAGAUGGAACCAAAGUUUGACGAGGAUUACUUUGAGGAUCAAGGAGGUCGUAUCGUGCACCGAGGGAGCGGAGCAGUCAUAGCAGAGACAGAGCAAAGACUGAACGAAGCCACUAAGGGGAUGACCAAGCUGGAUCUGCGUGAGCAGGAGCUGAAGGACAUGGAGGUGGCCAGGAAACUCCAGGAGGAGGAGAUCAAGGCAAGCAAGAUACAUUCGCGUGCAGCUCAAGUAGCACAAGAUGAGGAAAUCGCCCGACUGCUGAUGGAACAAGAGAAAAAGGAGUACAAGAAGAAUCGGGAGCGGGAGAAAGAGAGAGAGCGGGAACAAGAGAAGGAGCGAGAGAGGGAGAGGAUGGCCCUGGAGAGAAUGGCCAUGGAGAGGAGGCGGCAGGAGGGAGACUAUCGGCCAAACUCUGAGGAAGUGGUCCGGCCCAGAACACGAGACGAGUACGAGUACCAGAGGCAGAAGAACCACAACAAGCCUGUCAGGCCUCCUCAGCCUCGUGUACACGACUAUGAGAAUGUGACCCUGGCUACGGCUACGACGACCAUCCUUUACCCCCUCGGGCACCGAACAGAUCUAGGGCUGCUCACAAAGGUGCCUAUUACAAGCGGUGACUCAGGCUCUACCUUGUCCAGACAUGCUGUCAGAUUUUGUCCCCCUUUUUAAUUUAUCUGUUUGUUUUUUUUUGUUUGUUUGUUUGUUUGUUUGUUUAUUUUUUUUCCCCGGCCAUUCGCACUCUGUUGCCUUUGGACAAUCUAAUGUGUUGGCAGCAGGACUUUUUUAAUACCCUCCAAAGUUGGAUCGUGGGUAGUGAAGUGGGUGUGUGAGUAACUGGUGCCCAACUCAUCUUUCCCCAUUUUUUAUCAUGUUAUUAUUUCUUUUAAUGGACAUUACAUCAAAACAAGCCAAAAUAUCAGCCUUGAGACGUAAACUCCCAUCAUUCUUAGCUGUUGAAGUCCUCUUCUGCUGCAGUUGGUGACGGUGUGCUGGUGUUCAUCCCCUACUGGAUUAACAGAUCCAUCUGUGACUCGUCCUCGGAUGUGCCUCUUGGGUCCAACUCGGCUGCUACAGUGUCUUAGAUGCAAACACAGCAGAUGCUUUGUACACCCGAGCUGCCGGCGAGCUCUCUCUUCAUGCUGUGUAACAGAGGCUGUAAACCAUGUGCCACCAUGUCCUGGACUCUGGAGGGACAGAGAGGAGUCCCCCCCAUGGGACCUUACUUCACUAAAAGCCACUUAACAGUCAGUGAUUAAAGGUUAAUCAGUUUUGGUCCUGGAAUCUUAUUAUUUACACAUGUGAUGUUUGUCAAUUUAACCCAUUAAGACCCAGAACAAUUUUUUGUGGUGACAAAUUAAUUUCUCUCUACUUUUAACCAUUACCAAGUGAUUUUUCACCAUUUUUUAUAUUAUCUCUAGUAUUUUUUUUUUUUUUUUGAGAGAGAAAAUCAGGUGUUUUCUCUAUAUUUAAACAACAUGGCUUUUUUUAGCGAAACACAUCAUUGAUUCUAAUUAAUUAAUGAUGAGUAGUUCAUUAAUUCCAACUGCAUGGGCUUUAUUGUUUAACCAAUGUUGCAGAACACAAUAGUGGUUUCAGGUUCCACUCCAGAAAGAAGAAAGAGGUGAAAUGCAUCAAUGCAAUAGCCAUUUUUGGUAACAUGACAUACACUCAAGAGAUGCAGGUCCACUGAGCUGUUUCCACAUCAAACUAAAUGGUGCUAAUGGUACUCUCCUAAUGCUCAGUAUUUGAUAGUUUUUUUGGUCUUAUGGGGUAAAAAAUGUCCUAAUUCUGUUUGAGGAUAUUGUAAUUCAGUCUGUCAGGGAGUCUGUUUUCAGGCAGUAGAAAAUCCAAUCACAGGUGUUUUCAGAUUGGUAGUGAGAUGUUUAAGUUCCAUGUUGGAAGCUCAGAAAAGUGACUUCAUGUGUCAUGUCGCGGCUGCAGGAGGAAGGAGUGUGUAUAAGUGUGUGUGUGUUUUUUUCCUCCACUUGGCCAGAUUUUUUGACAACAUCAUUAUGUAUUUAACAGCAGAUUUCCAGAAGGAUCAGAAAUAAUGUAACAGUGUGUGUCCAUAACCCAUGGGGUGCAGCAGGACUUUACUUCUGUUCAAACUAAACUCAAAGCCUUUCCAUGAAGAUGCUGGUUCCGGGGCAGAGGACAAGGAGCUUCAUGUGAACCAGCUGCGUUUGAGGGACACAUUUUUGUAAGAUCACACAGUCCUUAAAAUGGAAGUGGAUGGAUGCUUUUUUUCCCUCUUCUGUGUCUGACUUCACUGGUUGUAUGUGCAUGCUUACUGAAAGUGUCCAACUGUGUACAUGCAUUUCAGUCCUGUAUCAAACUCUUUCUGCUCAUCAUCACAAAGGGCUAAAGCCACAGAAAGCCAGUACCCUCUUUGUGAAUCAACACAUCGUUAUCCUCAUACCCUAAUUGCCUAAUUCAUAUACUGUAUGGACAUAAAUAUUUGGACGUGUUGAAUUCAGGUGUUUCUUUUCUAGCAGAGGUGUGGGAUACAAAACAAUGACAAAUGUCAUAAUAUACUUUUAUACUGGGAUAAAUGUGGCAUUGGU